AUGACUAGACCUCACUUCUCUGCUACCACUUUGCAGUAUGCUUCAUUUGCAUUCACUACUAACUACAGAGAAGUAGCGGACAUGGAGUCCUGUGGGGACAUCCUUCGCGAUAGGAUGCAUAAUCAGAAAUGGUUCACAGCACGAGGCCUAAAAUCGCUCUCUGAUGCAACAGGAUGGCAAGUUGACUCGCUAGCUAGAUUAAUAGCUGUGCUGCUUUUGUUCCUCCUUACAAGAAGCAGCAAUUGGCUAGUGUGCAACACAAUACUUGUUAUCAUUCCCAUGCUCCUCACAUUCGAGUUCCCCGAUGAGAAACCUCCAGCAGAGAAUAUGAGAAUCUACUGGAUUUCCGCCUUCGUAAUGACGGCUUUCGAUCGAAUGCUGGAGGCUUUUCCAUUCUAUUAUGUCGUGAAGCUGUCCACUCUUCUCUUCCUACUAGUUGAACCGUCGUUCUUGAACGAUAAUCUUAGAAAACUACUAACAGUUGCGGAAAACUCGAUUUCUCAAGUAAGGAGGGUUAAACCGGUUGGUGCUUCUCCUGUUGUGCAUAUUUUACAUGAAGUUGCAAAAGACCUGUGCCAAAAGACUAGCACUAUAGAAAUCUUGCAUAAGUAA